GUUGUGCACUGCCCUCUCUCCAUACCUCUCACACUCGUCUCAGGUAUGAAGGAACCAGAUGAGGCCUGACAUCCCUCCAUGGCCUUAACUUCAGCUUAACCCUGUUCCAAUAUGACUCCACAUGUUGGGUGUGGACUCUCGUGACAGGAUCAACGAAGUUCAGCAGCAGUGUAGCAGCAUCUCUGGUCUGAACGACCUCCAUAUAACCCAGCGCCGGAGUCUCCACAUCCACAUCCACAAUGCCGAACACCCACAU